UAAAUUACAUAUGUGACUCAUUUUUGUUGGACAUUGCAGCUGUAAAAGCUGAAGAGCCCAUGGGUAUUUGCUUCUGCACAGCAAAGAAACACAUCAACAAAAUGAUGUAGUCCUACUUGCUGAUUCUUGCUUCUGUGGUUUGUGCUUCUGGUCUCAUAUCUAAAAAGCCAUUGCCAAGAUCAGUGUUAAGGAGGUGUUUCCUGUUUUCCUCGAGGAGUUUUAUGGUGUUAGGUCCUACAUUUAAGUCUUUAAUCCAUGCAAACACACAGGUGUAAGGUGACCCUAUUACAUCCAUAAUAAGGACUGCAGAGAGUCUCAGGCUGGGGACAAUACCAGGCUAUCCCAGCAGGGAGGGUUCAUUUAUUCUAAGACAGUCCUGGUGAUGCCUCAGUUUCCCCACUUCCUAAAAGUGGUUCUUAACCUUGGCUGCCCUUGAAAUUAUGUGAAAGUCACUCAGUUGUGUCCGACUCUUUGCGACCCCAUGGACUAUACAGUUCAUGGAGUUCUCCAGGCCAGAAUACUGGAGUGGGUAGCAGUUCAUGAAGUUCGCCAGGGGAUCUUCCCAACCCAGGGAUCAAACCUAGGUCUCCCACAUUGCAGGCAGAUUCCUUACCAGCUGAGUCACAAGGGAAGUCCCGAAAUUACGUGAGGUUCUUUAAAAAUCUCCACCCAUGAAUAUGCUGAUUUAAUUGGUCUGGGAUAGAGCGUUUGGAUUUAAAAGCUUGCAGGUGAUUCCAAUUUGCAGGCAACAGUACGAACCAUUGCUUUAGAAUCUUUGCUCUAUUGCAGGUAGUUCUGAGACCUGAGCAUGCGCAGAGUCAGCUGAGGAGGAUUGUUAAACUUCAGGUGGCUGGGUCCCACUUCAGUUUCUGAUUCAGUAGGUCUCUAGUUGGAGCCUGAAAACUUGGAUCUUCUAACAAGCUGGGCUGGGGGCUCCAAAGCUGCUCGGCUAAGAAUCACACUUGGAGAACUCCUGCUCUAUUGAGUAGUUCUCAAACUUCGUUGGCCCCAGAGCUCCUGAGUUUUUUGAGUCCUGACAUUUGCAUUUUAAAUAAAAAACAGCUGAUUCUACGCACGUGCUGUAGAGAGAAACCUUUGCAAAACCCUGCCCUGGAUGCUAAGAUGGCACUGGGAGGCAGAGUCAUCUUUAAGAAUGACAUCUGUCUUCUUCCCUUUUCCUUCAUUCCGAUUCAAGUUGGCCUUAAGCUCUGUGCCCACUGCCUUGGGGGGCUUGUGUAGGUUCACCCCUGCCUUCACUUGGUGCCUGAAUUCCUGAACCAAGGCUCUGGAUUCAACCUUUCAAGGCAGAAAACAUGACCCUUCGCUUUUUGCUUCUGACCUCCCUUUUCCUGCUCAUCUCUGAUUCCUGUGAGUUCUUCACCGAAGCCAGUUAUCCCCGAAGCUAUCCUUGCGAUGUGAAAAACGAAAAUGGCUCUUUUAUUGCAGAAUGUAACAGUCGUCGAUUACAGGAAGUACCCCAAACAGUGGACAAAGAUGUGACAGAAGUAGACCUGUCUGAUAAUUUCAUCACACAGAUAACGAAUGAAUCCUUUCAAGGGCUGCAAAAUCUGACUAAAAUCAACCUGAACCAUAAUGCCAAGUCCCAGAGUGGAAAUCCUGCUGUAAAGAAAGCUAUGACUAUUACAGACGGGGCAUUUCUCAACCUCCAACACCUAAGGGAGUUGCUGCUGGAAGACAACCAGUUACAACAAAUACCAGCUGGUUUGCCAGAAUCUUUAAAAAAACUUAGUCUAAUUCAAAACAACAUAAUUACGUUAACGAAAAAGAACACUUCUGGACUUGGGAACCUGGAAAGUCUCUAUUUGGGCUGGAACUGUUAUUUUGCUUGUGAUAAAAAAUUUACCAUAGAAAAUGGAGCAUUCCAAAACCUUACCAAGUUGAAGGUGCUGUCGUUAUCUUUUAAUCCCCUUCACAGCGUGCCACCAAGUCUGCCAAGCUCGCUAACAGAACUCUACCUUAGUAAUACCCAUAUUGGAAACGUCAGUGAAGAAGACUUCAAGGAGCUGAGCAAUUUAAGAGUACUAGAUUUAAGUGGAAACUGCCCGAGAUGUUUUAACGCUCCAUUUCCCUGUGUACCUUGCCAAGGAGGUGCUUCAAUUCAGAUACACCCUCUUGCUUUUCAAACCCUGACCCAACUUCGCUACCUAAACCUCUCUAGCACUUCGCUCCGGAAGGUUCCUGCCAGCUGGUUUGACAACAUGCACAAUCUGAAGGUAUUGGAUCUUGAAUUCAACUAUUUAAUGGACGAAAUAGCCUCGGGGGAAUUUUUGACAAAAUUGCCCUCCUUAGAAAUACUUGAUUUAUCUUACAACUACGAACUAAAAAAAUAUCCUCAGUACAUUAACAUUUCCAAAAAUUUCUCGAAGCUUAUAUCUCUCCAGAUGUUGCAUUUAAGAGGUUAUGUGUUCCAGGAACUUAGAAAGAAAGAUUUCAAUCCCCUGCGGCACCUCUCAAAUUUAACGACUAUCAACUUGGGCGUUAACUUUAUUAAGCAGAUUGAUUUUAGCAUUUUCCCCUGGUUCCCCAACCUGAAAAUCAUUUACUUGUCAGAAAACAGAAUAUCACCCUUGGUCAGUGAUACUGAGCAACAUGAUGCAAAUGGGACCUCUUUCCAAAGUCACAUCCUGAAGCGACGCUCAGCCGAUAUUCAAUUUGACCCACAUUCGAAUUUUUAUCAUAACACCCGUCCUUUAAUAAAGACAGAAUGUUCACGUCUUGGCAAUGCCUUAGAUUUAAGCUUGAACAGUAUUUUCUUUAUUGGGGUAAACCAGUUUCAAGAUUUUGGCAACAUUUCCUGUUUAAAUCUGUCUUCAAAUGGCAAUGGCCAGGUGUUAAAUGGAACGGAAUUUUCACGCUUGUCUGGUAUCAAGUAUUUGGAUUUGACAAACAAUAGACUAGACUUUGAUGACGAUGCUGCUUUCAGUGAAUUGCCAUUAUUAGAAGUUCUUGAUCUCAGCUACAAUGCACACUAUUUCCGAAUAGCAGGGGUAACGCACCGUCUAGGAUUUAUUGAACAUUUAACUAACCUGAGAGUUUUAAACUUGAGCAACAAUGACAUUUUUACUUUAACAGAAACACAACUGAAAAGCGCGUCCCUGGGAGAAUUAGUUUUCAGUGGGAACCGCCUUGACCUUCUGUGGAAUGCUCAAGAUGUCAGGUACUGGCAAAUUUUUCAAAAUCUCACCAAUCUGACCCGGCUUGACUUAGCCCGUAAUAACCUUCGGCAUAUCUCCAGUCAGGCCUUCCUUAACUUGCCCAGGACUCUCACUGACCUAUAUAUAAAUGAUAACAUGUUAAAUUUCUUUAACUGGUCAUUACUGGAAUACUUCCCUUACCUCAGAUUGCUUGACUUAAGUGGAAACCAGCUGUUCUUUUUAACCAAUAGCCUAUCUACAUUUGCAUCUUCUCUUGAGACGCUACUGCUGAGUGGAAACAGAAUUUCCCACCUACCGUCUGAUUUUCUUUCUGGAGCCAGCAGCCUGAUACACCUCGAUUUGAGCUCCAACCAGCUCAAGAUGCUCAACAGAUCCACAUUUGAAACGAAGACCGCCACCAAGUUAACCGUUUUGGAACUAGGGAGUAACCCUUUUGACUGUACCUGUGACUUUGGAGAUUUUCGAGAAUGGAUGGACGGAAAUCUGAACGUCAGGAUUCCCAGACUGACCGAUGUCAUUUGUGCCAGUCCUGGGGAUCAAGAAGGCAAGAGCAUUGUGAGUCUAGACCUCACCACUUGUGUUUCAGAUACCAUUGCAGCCAUAUUCUGUUUCUUAACCUUUUCUGUCACCAUCUCAGUGAUGCUGGCUGCCCUGGCCCACCACUGGUUUUACUGGGAUGCUUGGUUUAUCUACCAUGUGUGCUUAGCUAAGGUCAAAGGCUACAGGUCUCUGUCCACAUCCCAGACUUUCUAUGAUGCUUACAUUUCUUAUGACACCAAAGACGCUUCUGUCACGGACUGGGUGAUCAAUGAAUUGCGCUUCCACCUGGAAGAGAGUGAGGACAAGAACGUGCUCCUGUGUUUAGAGGAAAGGGAUUGGGACCCGGGUCUAGCCGUCAUUGACAACCUCAUGCAGAGCAUCAACCAAAGCAAGAAAACAAUAUUUGUUUUAACCAAAAAAUAUGCCAAAAACUGGAAUUUUAAAACGGCAUUCUACUUGGCCUUGCAGAGGCUAAUGGAGGAGAAUAUGGACGUGAUUGUCUUUAUUCUGCUGGAGCCAGUGCUGCAGCAUUCGCAGUAUUUGAGGCUGCGGCAGAGGAUCUGCAAGAGUUCCAUCCUCCAGUGGCCUGAUAACCCCAAGGCGGAAGGCUUGUUUUGGCAGAGUCUGAAAAAUGUCGUCCUAACAGCCAACGAUUCACGGUAUAACAACUUGUAUGUCAAUUCCAUUAAGCAAUACUAACUGAUGUUAAGCCAGGGGUCACAGGCAUAGUCAAAAUGCACAGCAAUGCUCCUUUUGUUCUUAGCUGUCACUUGCUGUAUAACAGAGUACUCCAAACUUAAUGGCUUAAAAUGAUACACUUUGUUGUGUCAUCGUCUCUGUGGACCAGGAGUCCGGGCUUGAGUUCUGGCUCAGGGCCCCUCAAAGGCAGUAAUCUCUCUCUAAGCCAGGGCCACAGGCAUCUGCUACGGUUAGCAUCCACUUCAGCGCCUACAUUUGUGUGGUGGUUUUCAGGACUGAGUUCUCCCUGGGCUGCUGGCCCAAGGCUACCCUCAGUUCGUGGCCACAUGGACGGACCCUUGCCUGUGGCAGCUCGCUUCAGCAAAGCCAGCAAGAGAGACAGGUUGCUGACACAAUGGAAGUCGCCAUCUUUGUAAUCCAAUCAGGGAAGUGAUAACCCCUCACUCUGGCCAUAUUCUGAUUGUUAGAAGUAAAUCAGCGGCCCUGCCAGCUCCAUGGGAGUGAUCACCUCAGUCCCGGGAAAGUAGUCUAUGACCAAGGUGGGCAGUCAUGGUAAGCUCGCUCAGCCUGCCAUCUCGGUUGUAAAUGGUGAACACCAGGAGCAGGGAUCACUGUGGCCAUCCUGACAGUUGGCCUGCUCUGCCUUCUUUUCAGGAUCUCAGAACUUUUGUGACUGUAAUAGUUUUGAUGUUAAGUUGCUGUUUAGAUUUAUCAUAUAUCCAUGGCUAUUUGGUUAUAUUAUGUUAUGGUUGCAUUAGUCCUUUUAUAAUUACUUUUUAUAAAUACUGGCUAUAAUAUUUUACUUCUGAGAUUUAGAUACCAUUUAAAAGCUAAGAUGGAUGGUAGUUAAGUUUUUUUGUUUGUUUGUUUGCUUCUUAACCAUUUUUUUAAGUGUGCAGCUAAAUUAGAAGCAUUUGGAGUUAUCUGUCAAUCACCAUUGCUGUAAAUCAUGAAGUUAAUUAUUAAAAUGCGUCAUUUCACAUCAUAAGCAUAUAAUAAAUACACAGGGAAGUAAAUCUGUAAUAAAGUAAAUUACCUGAA